AUGCAUUCCGCAGCUCUCAUUACUCUUCUGGCCGUCGGUGCCUCUGUUGUGGCUGCUACUGAGCCCAACAUCAUUACUCAGACUAGCACGACGACUCGUUUUCUCACCGUCACUCACUGCGGCCCUGCUGUCACUGACUGCCCUGGGAGCAAGACCUCUGCUGUCGUUACCACUCUAGGCGUCACUUCAAGCGUCACUUCAAGCACCAUUUCGAGCUUCGUUUCAAGCACCACUUCAAGCACUUCUCCAAGCACCACCUCAGCCCCAGUGGUCAAGACAACUGUCAAGACCUCGGUGGUUCCUCCCGCUCCUUCCAGCUCUUCUUUCUACCCCGCCUCCAACACCACCAUUCCAGUUGGACCAACGGGAUCUACUACCGUCCCGGGAACUCCCACUGGACCUGCUGUGAUUCCUACCGCUGCCGCCAAUAGUUUGCAUGUUCAGACCGGUGCUGUCGCCGCUGUCGUCGCCGCCGUCAUUGCUAUGGCCUAUUAG